AAGAACAUGGUUAUGUCCUAUUGACAAAACGUCAAAAGUUCAAAAUAAACAUCAAUAACAUCGUUAGUUGAAUUGUGGUUGAAUUUCCCUUAUAUAUGAAUAAAUUAAUGAUAAUAUAAUGUCCAUAAAUAAUACGAAAGGUGAAAUAGACGUGCAGAGAUUACCUACCGAUGCAGAACAGUUCGAUUGCAAUGGAUGGGUUUUUAAAUACACCAAAUCCCACAUUUUACAUUCUUUAUGCACUACUUCGGACCAAUGCAAAAAUGAGCCAGAGAAGCAAUGCUUACUGUGCUUAUAUACAAAUUGUUUAGCACUUCCUCAUUUACCGGAAAUGGUUUUUCCAAGAAAUGUUUUAACAGUUGUACACCCCAGCGGAGGAAAAAUCGAAUUUAAUACUUUAGAUGCUUUAAAAAAGGUGUGUAACGGAAAACUACCAGUUCAAGUUGCUUGCUCGGUAGAAUGGCAAAGUACAAGGUCUGCCGAACAUCUGGAACAGAAACUAAAACCAUUUGAUUGGACAUUUAGUACAGAUUAUACUGGUACCAUAUCAGAGGACGCCAUAAUAGAACCUACAGAUGAAAAAAUAGAUAUGGAAAUGUUAAAGCAGAAAGAGAAAAUCUUAUUUUAUCAUGAAAUGAUGCUAUAUGAAGAUGAGUUACAUGAUAAUGGCAUAUCAUCAUGUACUAUAAAAAUUAGAGUAAUGCCUAGUUCGUUUUUCAUUUUACUUCGUUUCUUCUUAAGAGUAGACGGUGUUAUGGUUAGAGUGAAUGAUACGAGGAUAUUUCACGAUUUUACAAAAGAUUUUGUAAUUCGAGAGUUUACAAAUAAGGAAUGCGGUGUGCAGGAGGUUAAAUUACCACUUACCAUGUUUGGUGAUCCAAAUUUACUAUCACCACAUAUGCCCUUAAGAACAAGUAUUAUAGAAAAAAUUACUUUUCCUAAACAAUAGAUUUAAUUUAAUUGUAAAAAAAGGUUUGUGUUUAUAUUAUAUUUUAAGUCAUUCUUAUUAAGUUUAUUUACAAUAAAAUACCACUUAAUAAAA